AUGCUCAGAAACAUUGCAGUUAGCACGAUUGUAGUCAUCCUUAUUCCGCUUGUCACCGGUAAGAUUGAUAAAUUUAAUAUUUUAAUUAUAACAAAUUUCGUCCUUUUAUAUUAACUGUAAUAUAAAUCUACUUAAUUUUAAGUCUAACCAAUGUUAAUAUAAUUGUGCAAUGUAGAAAGUAAUGAAUUUAAUGAAAAACUACAAUCCCAUGCCUAGGAUGAAUAACAGGAAUUUCUGUUUGUCACCUGAUCGCAAUCUAGUUUUGCUCAUCAAAUUAUUUAGCUCAUAACAUUGGUUAAGAUGUCCCUAUGUAAUUUGUGCUUCACGGCCUUUACCACUAGGCUGUAAUAUAGAGCUAAGUCUGAAAACUUCUUGUAACAAAUGUAAUACUGCAGUCUUAAAAUUGAUCAUUACGACAGAUAUUACUAUUAGGACCAAUAACGGAAUAUUUUAUUUUCGCUAGUGUUUCGAGCUCAGCAUAUAGAUGAUAACCCCAAAUUAUUUAUCUGAUUCUCUCAUGCGUGCAUCCGUGUAUAAAGUCACUGUAAGAUGUCUGAUGUAAAGCAUGUAAUUUUUACUUGCAGACUUAUACAGUCUGUAAUAUGAAUUGACUUCAGUCUAAAUCUAGACACUUCAUUUAAUAAACGCGAAAUUCCUUUGCCCUGGUUUUGGUAUUUGGAUGAUUUAUCUAGAUCGAGAUCAAGCUAACAGGAAUGCUGUAUCGCUCAUGCAUGUUUCCUUGUGCAUCAUGCACUGAAAUAUAUAUAGAUCAACUUAAGUCUUAACUCUUCGGUCUAAGUUUCAGCAAUAUUAUUCAUCACCUGAAGUUUGUUCGUUCUCGGCAAUUAGGUCUAAUAUCAGUCGUGUUUCCGCUUGUUAUACUGUAAUCUGUAUAUACACUAAUUUUUAAAGUAAAUUCAUGCAAAUCGCUUGUUAUACUGUAAUCUGUAUAUACACUAAUUUUUAAAGUAAAUUCAUGCAAAGGGUUUUACGUUCAUGUACUUAAAAUCCGGAGGUGACUCAUGCAUAUCAUUUGACAAACUUAUGCAGUCUUUUAGGUAUAGUUCUGGCGGUUCCCUUGGCGGUUCCUAUAGCCAUAGUACUAUACUAUAGCAUCAAUAACGACUAUAACGGAAAAUGUCUUUGCGCUGGCUUUGGUAUUUGAAUACUGUAGCUUCACUGGAUCAUUGGAUUGGAUCCAAUGAUUUGGCUGAUUCGCUUAUAUAUACUGUAUGUCUCGUUAUUAAGAGGUAGGAAAUGCUAAUAUAGCUAGCUACAUCUUUUGCUGCCUUAUCGUAAAUUAAGACAAUACAUGUAUAGCUUUGGCUUUAUUGACUGUUCUGUUCUCACGUUCAUAUAAACAAUCAUUAAUUGUAGCUUUGAAGUUGUGCUCGACUCGAGUCACUGCAGAGUAAAUUCCUGAGCGCCGCUUUCAUGACAGCUAAAGACAUCAUAAACUAGUUUCGUAUUACAACGAAAGUAUCCAAAGAAAAAUUCAGCGUUGACUCAAGCGCGAUUCGAACUGUUUGGGUUAGUAUAUAGACCGCCGCUCUGCCCAUUGAGGGCUAUUGAGUCAACUAGGGGCUAUAUCGAGUAUCGCGUCGGCGAUAGCCCUCAAUUCAUAAAAUAUGUUCGUAAUAUAAGUCGUUACGAAAUAUGUUCGGCCACUUUGUUACUUUAAUAGCCUGCGUAGCUGCAUGGCGGUUUUAAGGGUUGAAUUACCUAAUAUUCGCUGCCCGCGCCUCAACCCCAACCCCUUAAAACCGUCAGCUACGCAGGCUAAGCAACAAAGCAAGCAUAUAUAUAUAUAUAUAUAUAUAUAUAUAUAUAUAUAUAUAUAUAUAUAUAUAUAUAUAUAUAUAUAUAUAUAUAUAUAUAUAUAUAUAUAUAUAUAUAUAUAUAUAUAUGCACCAGUAUUGGUAGCUCUGUUUGAAUAAAGUUUGUUUCUCAAUACAUGCACCCUUUCAAAAAUUUCGUCAUUUGGCCUGGGAGCCUCGCUCUCAUGAAUCAUGAGCCAAUCAAUCACCUUGCGUAAUUUACUAAUGAAAGUGAUGCUCCAAGAACAAAAAGUAUGUGUGAAGUAUAAACUAUCGAAAGGGUAUAUUAAAUGAACACAGUUAUCGAAAAUUUGGAGCGCUGCAAUUAACUUUCAAUUAAUAAAGGAAAUAAUCACAAAAACAAAACGCUAUAUAAAAUAUGCAAAGCUUUUAGUUUAAGUGCUUUACAAUACCUCUUGACCAUUUUCGUGCUCUGUACGUACGGAUAAGCAUGUUCUAACCUUACAUACGAUUUUAUAUGAGUCUUAUAGCUAUAGACAAGGAAAUAAAUACGGCCGUUUCUACCUAACUGAUUCUAGAUCUGCUGUAUACAAAAAGCAUCUUAUCAAUUUCUGCAUUUCUAUAGAUACAAAAUAAUAAAAGAUAGUUGACGGUAUCUUGUAUUGACCGGAUGUAAUUUGAGAAAUUUUUCAAGAGCCGGAUUCAGACUCUCGAUUUUAAUCCAUUUGCGCGCACGUCCUCACAACUGCACUGUUAAAAGAACAAUUAGUGCUAUUUUGUGAUUUAUAAUCUUGAGAGUAAAUUUCUUUUCAAUUGAAGGAAAAAUUAUAGCUAUAAUUAUACACACAGGGUGUAUAAAAAAAUCGAGACCUUUAGAAAUCAAGCUAUCAUUGUUGUUAAACACAAGAUGUUACUGCUUCUGAGAAUUUAAUUAAAAUAGCUUCUAAUCCUAUGAAGAAGGAUUUUUUUUAAACACCCUGUAGAUAGCUAAUCCCUGUCAGCAUGGACAAUCUGUCCAGGAGUUGUUUGCGAUUACUACAAUCGUUGACAAACAUUUGGGCGGUAAGACAUCUGGCACCCACUUAACCCCUGCGCCCCCUUAACAAUAUUGUUUUAUAAUUACGGUAUUGUAUCAUAAAUAUAGACAGUGUAAUACGUUCUCGAUGAAACUGUCAUACUGAAACAUGAUGUCAAACGGCAACAUUGCUUAGGGGAGGGGAUAUAUUUGGCUAUUCGUGAAUCUUCAUUUGGAAUCAUUGAAUUCAAUUAUUCAAGUUGCCCGAACUUUGACAUAGAGUUUGAGCAAGAAACGAAGCACGAAGACGAAGGCGUACUUGACAAUUUUUGCCGUCUGCACAUUAUCCUGCGCAUACUGAGUUGGACGUCACUGAUUGUUGCUCAACGUGUCUUCCCAUGUGUCACUGUUUAUGAAUACUGACCAUAAUUCUUGCCCUGACCCAGAAAAGAAAACAGCGUCUUUGUCCUUCUAACGAAGUUCACAACGAAUUUUGUCAAAAUAUUCGUUGUGAACUAAGGAAGAAGAACGAAGACGGGAUAUGGAUUCAUGUCUCUCUGUUUUGUCCUGAAUAGGGUAAGGAUUUGGGUCAGCAUUCAUAAACAGCUACACAUGAAUCUCUAAUCUGUCUUCACCCCUGACCCUCAACUCAGAAUGCGUCAACCCGAUGUCGUCGUCGUCGUCCGUUCUCUUGCUCAAACUCUCUAAUGUUUUUCAAGUUGCUCGAACAUGUUUUGUCAAUGAUUGUAAUUUGUAGGUAAGAGUGGGGAGAAUUUAAUUAAUAAUGACAAUGUGAUUAUACAGUAGCUAUGUCAAAUUUAGACACGGACUGUAAAUUAUACAGUGUAUAUAGGGUGUAUUUUAAACGUAUACAGUAAUAACAUUUCUGGCUCUGCAGUUCAUGAUGGAUUUAUAUGUAUAGUCAACGUAUGUACGUUUUCCUGUUCUAGUUAAGGUUACAGAACACCUUUGAGUGUUAAUUUUGCCUAAAAUUUUUUUAUUGGUUUCCAUGAAAGCAUUAGACUAGUUCUACUAUCUGACCAAGUUUGGACGAAAAAUGUUGAAAACUCGCAGUUAUUUAAUAAAAUACAUUUCGCUUGCAAUAAGAAAAACAUUGAAAAUGUAAUAUUCAAAUUUAAUUUUCUCCCGAAGAAUUUUACGGCAAUUACUGAUUUUUAAACGAGUUGUGCUCCUGCGGGUUUUAACGAAUUUUUCUCAAAUUUCCACAGGACAUAGCUAAAGACGUCAGUUUCAAAAUUGUGUUCGGCUUUGUUCUAAUUUUGGAUAUUUUAAUAAUAAGGAGCAAUUCACACAAACGAUUCAGAAAUAUAUUGCAGUCGUCAAAGAAAUCGCCAUAUCAGCGGAAUGACGAAAUAAACAAAAAUUUCCGAACACAAUUUUCUAGAACAACUAUUUUACUGUAUAAAAAUGAUAUUUUUAUAAAUAUAUCUUAAAACCAGCAGGAACAUAACUCAAAAGCGUAAAGGUGCCGCGACUUAAGAUUUUCCUGAAUAAUUCUUACAUUAUUUUAUUGUUUGUGAAUUUUACAACUUUAUCAUAUUUUGCAUGCACUGGCUAACAUUUGGUGAAAAUUUGAUGAAAAUCGGACUGAUUUUGAGCGCGCAGUAGCGAUUUUGCGCAAAACGCCAAAAAGGGUGUCCUGUAACCUAAAGUUUAAUCUGUAUUCUGUAUUCUGUACCGUAAUGAUAUAGCCUAUAUGUGUAGAGUUCAAAAUGUCCCGCAUGUUCGUUGCUCGGUUGUUACGGUUGGUAUAUGGCUUUUGUUCGUGAAAGCGGCUAGUUGUAUAUGGAUUUGUUAAUUUUGUUUGAAGUUCUUUGAUUGGCGUCGGCUGACAAUUAACCUCGUUUUUCCAUUUUUGUUUUUAAUUUUCGGCGAAAGCAUUUACAAGAUUUAGUGUGUUUUUCCCCUUCCCAACGCCAGAGGAAGCAACGUUUACUGCACACAUAUGCGGUAAAUGUUUCUUAGUAUGAACUCCAAAAUGACAAUGAAUUUCACUUUGAUAAACUGAAAAUCUGAAACUUGAUACUAAUUGACAAAACGCGGUAUGGUGCGAUGAAAAUAAAAUUAAUGCGAAUUGAAAUUGUCUGAGAUAUGUCACUCAUAGUGUUACACAGCGGACAGAACCACACAUAUCCAUACAUUCUUCUAGUAGAAUAUAUUAAUUAUAUUCGAAAUAUGCCCAUUUGCUUGCAACCCUAUAAUCAUUCUUGGCCGACUUUGUUACCUCUUGGCUAAUAAUUUUGAAAUAAUUGAGAAUUGUUACUUUUGUUUCUACACAGGUCAGAACAGUUCAAUCACUGCAAGCAAUGUACAAGCCCGACAAAAUAACAGCUCCAGUGUCAGUGCUUUCCAUGAAAUCACUGGAACAAUAUCCAAAACAUCUACGGCAUUAUCAAGUGGGAAGACAUCCUCUUCUCAGUCCGUGAUGAGUACAACCAACCCUCCAAACAAAACCAAUUUUAAAUAUAGCACGUCAGCAUUACUUCAACCCACGUCAUCUAAGCUUCCAUCAACAUCUUCUUCCACAGUAAGGAAUAUACGUGCCGCAUUUUCAUCUUACUCGCACACUCCUACCAAAAGUUCAGAAAUGUUUAUAUCCUCUACUUCCGUG